AUAAACCUCUCCUUAACAAAGCUAAAACGAGAUUGUGAUUCCAAACCACAAACCGACGGAGAGACCAGUAUAGUUUGCAUGUUAAACAAUCGGCUUCCUCUAAAGACUAAAGCGAUCAUCAACAUAUCAUUCACAUUCGAUUUAACUAUGCUUGAAGGACAUGAUCAUUUGAAAGUACAUGCAAAAGCUACUACCAUUAGCAUCGACUUGAAUCCAGCUGAUAACCAACAGGAAUUAGAUCUGAUGCUCAUUGCGCACAAUGACAUAGAAUUGUUCAGCGAACCGUCGGUUGCCGAUAUUAGUCUUGAUCAGAUGAGUGGAUUAUUCAACGUCACACACAAUUGGACACUUUAUAACAAUGGACCUAGCUCACUUCAAGAUGCAUUACUCCAUUUGAACAUUCCAUUGGUUUAUAACAGAACGUCCGGUACCGGGAGUUACAGCCAAUGCCAAAUCAUUCUAAGCGACAGCAUCAGCCUUGAAGUAAUAUAUCAUAAUCAUACCAUUGCAAUCUUGAAAAAGGCGUCUAUUGCUGAGCCCCCGAGUCCUUUUGCAACUACCGAUGAAAUUAUCAUGACUUCAGUCGCACAGGUAUCAUCAGCUCAAACAAGUGGAUUACACUUAGGGAAAAAUGAGUCCCGAUCCGAAAGAUCAAACCCUUCGAUUUUUCCAAAUGACACACGCAUUAAUUUAAACUUGCAAACCAAAAGAAGUUUAUUUUCAAACCGAACGCUUUUCUUCAACUGCUCAGGUGCUCAGGUUGGAUGUUACAAGACUCAAGCCAAUCUCGAAUCAUUUUUAGCUGAUAAUUUGCCAAUAAUUAUCGAACUUCGAUACACAAUUGAUCUAGAUGCAAUUAACGCUUGUCUCGAGGGAGAAAAGAAUGUCUUUGUUAUUCAGGUUCUAUCACAUUUGCACAAAAGGUCAGAUAGUGAUCGAUCAUCAUUUAACAUUACUAGCAACGAUAUUGAUAUUACCAUCACAAAAACAUUGAUCUCUAGCACACCAAUGAAAUUUUAUAUAUAUUCAUCACUUGGAGGACUGCUAGUGAUGGCUCUUAUUUCCUACAUAAUGUAUCGAAAAGGCUUUUUCGAGCGUACUCUAAGAAACGAGAUGAAACAACGUUAUAAAAAGAUCGAAACAAACACAUCUUAUAAUUCUUACUUUGGCUAUGCCGUGAGUUCUGGACAGUUUGUGAAAAACGAGUCAGUUCUGUACGUUGCUAGUGCGCCAAGGGCUGAACACGGCUUAGGACUGGUGCUCAUCUUCGAUUACGUUGAGCAGAAAGGGUUGAAUGAGACAGUAUUGCAAAAGCGCCGACUCUUCGCUGGCCACCAGCUUGGCGAGUACUUUGGAUAUGCGCUGCUCACCGAAGACUUCAAUAACGAUGGAUUAGCGGAUCUCGCUAUAGCAGCUCCAAUGCAUAGCCGAACGAAGGAUUUCGAUAAUGGAGUAGUGUAUGUUUAUCAGAAUAAGGGAGGGUUGAGCUUUGAGCUACAAGCAACCCUAUCAUCAUCCUACGCCUUCGGCGGCCGCUUCGGAACGAGCUUGGGAAAAUUAGGAGAUAUCAAUCGAGAUGGUUACGGUGAUAUGGCUGUAGGUGCUCCGCAUGAAGACAAUGGCGUCGUGUACAUCUUCCUUGGAUCUGUAGAAGGAAUACGAAAAAUUCCGAGCCAAGUUAUAAAGGCUCCUUCUGAUAUAAAAGCUAUCCACCAACCAAUGUUUGGUUAUUCGAUCUCGCGUGGAGUGGACAUUGACGGAAAUGGUUACAACGACUUGGCCAUCGGUGCUCCGAACGCAGAAGUGGUCUGCGUUUAUAGAUCAUAUCCUAUCGUAAAAGUGAAUGCUACUAUCAGUUCAACUACAAACCGGAUACCAAUCGAGGGAAGCUCGAUCGAGGUUGAAAUUUGCUUCUCGCGGGAGUUUGUCCGAAAAGAUGGACCAUCGUUUGACGUUCAACUGCAGUAUCGACUUCAGCUGGACUUGGCCCUUCGGCUAGCGUCACUUCAGAACAAUGCCACUAAUUCAUCAUCCAACAUCAUCAAUGUAGGAGAGCAUGAAUCUUGUCAGAAAUUUUACAUAUCAGUCAAUGAUUCAAAUGCUACUGGACGCCUGAAAGAGAUAAAAUUUCCCUUGCCUGUUACAAUCGAGAUAAAGUACGAUCUUACAAUCAAUUCUUCUCCGCCUGAAGGCAAACACUUCUGUGAACAUUGUGCCAUCCUCGAUCCAGAAAUUAGAAAUAGUGUCAGUAAACAAUUCUCCAUCGGCAUUUAUUGCGAUAACCAUAUCUGCAACCCAAACCUACGGAUUACAAGUUUACAAUGGAUCAACAUCACCAGCCCCUUCAUUAUUGGUUCGAGAAAGACAGCAACACUUGAAAUGCAGAUUGAAAAUAUUGGUGAAGCUGCCCAUUUUUCACAGUUGAAGUUGAUAGUUCCGAUAAGCCUCUCCUUAACAAAGCUAAAACGAGAUUGUGAUUCCAAACCACAAAACGACGGAGAGACGAGUAUAGUUUGCAUGUUAAACAAUCGGCUUCCUCUAAAGACUAAAGCGAUCAUCAACAUAUCAUUCACAUUCGAUUUAACUAUGCUUGAAGGACAUGAUCAUUUGAAAGUACAUGCAAAAGCUACUACCAUUAGCAUCGAGCUGAAUCCAGCUGAUAACCAACAGGAAUUAGAUCUGAUGCUCAUCGUGCACAAUGACAUAGAAUUGUUCAGCGAACCGUCAGUUGCCGAUAUUAGUCUUGAUCAGAUGAGUGGAUUAUUCAACGUCACACACAAUUGGACACUUUAUAACAAUGGACCUAGCUCACUUCUAGAUGCAUUACUCCAUUUGAACAUUCCAUUGGUUUAUAACAGAACGUCCGGUACCGGAAGUUACAGCCAAUGCCAAAUCAUUCUAAGCGACAGCAUCAGCCUUGAAGUAAUAUAUCAUAAUCAUACCAUUGCAAUCUUGGAAAAGGCGUCUGUUGCUGAGCCCCCGAGUCCUUUUGCAACUACCGAUGAAAUUAUCAUGACUUCAGUCGCACAUGUAUCAUCAGCUCAAACAAGUGGAUUACACUUAGGGAAAAAUGAGUCCCGAUCCGAAAGAUCAAACCCUUCGAUUUCUCCAAAUGACACACGCAUUAAUUCAAACUUGCAAACCAAAAGAAGUUUAUCAUCAAACCGAACGGUUUUCUUCAACUGCUCAGAUGCUCAGGUUGGAUGUUACAAAACUCAAGCCAAUCUCGAAUCAUUUUUAGCUGAUAAUUUGCCAAUAAUUAUCGAACUUCGAUACACAAUUGAUCUAGAUGCAAUUAACGCUUGUCUCGAGGGAGAAAAGAAUGUCUUUGUUAUUCAGGUUCUAUCACAUUUGCACAAAAGGUCAGAUAGUGAUCGAUCAUCAUUUAACAUUACUAGCAACGAUAUUGAUAUUACCAUCACAAAAACAUUGAUCUCUAGCACACCAAUGAAAUUUUAUAUAUAUUCAUCACUUGGAGGACUGCUAGUGAUGGCUCUUAUUUCCUACAUAAUGUAUCGAAAAGGCUUUUUCGAGCGUACUCUAAGAAACGAGAUAAAACAAAGUUAUAAAAAGAUCGAAACAAACACAUCUGUUGAAGGAACUGUCGGCUGUCUGCGUUCGUCUGUUCUUGAUAUGUAG